UCACAUGGGGCUUAUCCUGUCCCCACUGUUGUGUGGUGUUACAGCGGCUGUUAAACAGCUGCUGCAUCCCACUCCAGAGGUGGCUACAUAUCAGUUGUCAGGGAAGUGGUGCCUAUGGAGCCCUUUGGGAUACUCCCGGAUGGCAACAUGGGAUAUUAACUUGGGACUUGGCUUCUUGGGACUAUUCCCAGCUCUGCCACCUACUCGCUGAGUGACUUUGGUCGAGACACAUUCCAGCUCUGUGCCUUAGUUUCCCCACUGCUGACAUGCGCCUGAUGAAUCCCACGGUUCACUGUAUGUAGGGCAGGGUGCGUUUCCCUGCUGACUGACCAGCUCCUCACCCUUCCCUUAGCAGUCCUCGUCGGUGUGGGCAGACACCCAUCUCCCAGGAGCAGCCAUGCUUCGAGGUGCUUUCGUGCUCUGGAACCUCUGCUUCUUCGAUGUGGAGAGGAGCCUGGCACGCAGGCUGCAGCAGAACACACAUUACCCCUUCCAGGUGCAGCAGCCCAAUGUGUUCGUCAUGGAGUAUUACAAGGACACACUAUGGAAGGGGACCCUGAUCUUCCUAAUCUGUGUCCUGGGUGGUGUCUUCUACUUCAAGAUCCUCCAGCUACUUCCCCAGCCAGGGAGCCAAGACCAGCAGGUGCCUCUGGCUCCAGUCCCACCCCUACCCUGCCCCUCCCCGGCUCUGGGUCUUGGCUCCUGGGUCCGUCCCCUGCAGGUCUUCCAGGAUUACUCCGGCUUCUUCGUCUACGGGACCCUGGUCGGCUUCUGGCUCCUCCUUAGCUCCAUGCACAAGCGGCACCUGGUCAUCAACCACGUCCAGGGCUGCUACCAGAUCUACAUCAAGAGGCGGCUGUGGGAGGAGGGGCCCCUACACCAGAUCUACGUCCGGCUGACGGCCCAGAUGGACGCCUACGGGAAAUGUUUCUACAGUCUCAUCAUCAAUGGCCACGGGCUGGAGGUGCUGGUCCUGGCCAACCUGUCGGACAAGUACGAGCACAUGGAGUUCUUGGGCAGGCGGAUUGCACGCAAGCUGAAACUCAACUACUUCGACUACCUGGAUGUGUCCACGCGCCAUGUGAUCCGCCACCGGCCCCCGCUGGAGCGGGACGAGGAGCUGCAGGUGUGGGGAGGGGCAGUGCCCCAGUAAAGCUUGGCCUCCCUCUCUGCUCGCAGCUGUUUGCACUGGGGGGCCCUGCUGGUCCCACCCGCUCUGGGCCAGUGGGGGGGCAGCCC